ACAGGAGAGGAAGACAGAUUCUGCUGCUGUGCUCAUAGAACAUGAUGCUUGCUUCAUCCUAAUGGAAACUGUAGCACAGAAUACUACUAUUUCCAUCACCACUGACCUUUUACAGUAUUUAUAGUCUUAUCUAAAAUGAAGCUCAAGUUGAGUAUUCUGACUAUUUUUGUUACCUUUGUAGGUAUUCUGAGCUUUAUCUUUUUGGUGGUUGCUAUCGGAACUGACUUUUGGUAUAUUAUUGAUGCCUCUAAACUGGAAAUAAAAAACAAUUUCUCCGAGACCAUGAGCUCACACUCAGGACUUUGGCGGACAUGUAAAUUCAAGGACAAAUGCUCCACUUUGAUAAAUCCUUUCUGGCAUGGUAACGUAAACUUUACAGAUUCACAAAAACAACUUUUAAGUAUGCAUGGGACACUAGUGAUCUUACUACCCCUCAGUCUGAUUCUGAUGAUAUUUGGAGGAAUGACUGGAUUUGUUAGUAUACUCGCAAGGGCGUACCUGCUGCUGCUAUUGGCAGGAAUGCUUUUUCUAUUUGGAGCAUUGGUAACUCUCACUGGAAUCAGCAUUUAUAUUGCCUAUUCAGCUGCAGCAUUUAACUAUGCACUGUACUCUGUAGGUAGUGAAAUUCUGUCUGAAAUUGAAAUACGGUUUGGUUGGUCAUUGGCUUUGGCAUGGAUAUCCUUUAUCACAGAAGUUCUCACUGGGAUGGCCUUUCUCUUGGCUGCCAGAGUUACUGGCCUCAAACGAACUCGAGAUCAAGUUAUAUAAAUGAUGUACAUUUCGGUACCUCCUGCCUACUGAAUCGUAGCAUGAUUGUUAUAUGUGCAUAUAUGAAGAACAUGAUGGAGAAUCAUACAUAGCAUCUUCUGUUACCUCUAAUGAGGAGAUUGAAGAUGACAUUUGGAAUACAAAUUAUGGUCUUUACAGAGAACUUCAGCAAGAAGAUUACAUUUUAAAUUUGCGUGCCUCACAUUGAGAUUUAUAUACACAUACUUCAUUCCUGUAAAGAACAGCUAUAAACAAUUACUCAGAGAAGACCAAUGUCUUUGUAUUGGUUGGAAUAUUCUACAGUAGAUAUUUAUGGAUGCCUCUUAUUAUCAGCAGUGUUAAUGUAUUUUUGAGUCAUCAAUAUUCCUCUACAUAUUGCCGUCUUUUUACUAGUCAUCUGUAUUACAGUAUGUACUUUGAAGUAUAUGUGGAAUAUUUUAUUGCAUAACACUUUUCUGGGAAUUUUGUAAGUCUAUUGGCUCAAAGAAUGUAAAAAGGAACAAUCUCUGCUCAAAAAAUACAUGAGUGUAUAAAGAAAAUGCUCUGGAGACAGUUAGUAUAUAAAAAAAACCUGCUUGAUAAUGUAAAGUAUAGUAAAUCAUCAUUAUACCACCAAUCCACAAAUUAAAAGUUUAGGCUUCAAAUGAAGGAUUGUGAAUUGAGGUAUGUGCCCGUAUUACUCAACUUUGCAUCCAUAGUAGGCAUGUCAAACUCAAAAUCUCAACUGGGCUGAAUUAUGAAGGUCUAAGUGUUGUGUAGGGAGCAAUAUAAAGAAAGAGAUUAUAUAUACAGGUUGAGCAUCUCUUAUACAGAAUGCUUGGGACCAGAAGCAUGUUUUUUUGGGAAUAAGGGAUUAUUCCAUACUUCUGAAUAUUUGUAUGCCCCCACUAUAGUGCCAGUUAUACAUAAUGCCCCCAGUAUAAUGCCAGAUACAAGUAAUGCCCCCAGUAUGGUGCCAGUUACACAUAAUGUACCCCAGUCUAGUGCCAGUUGCACAUAAUGUCCCCCAGUAUAGUACCAGUUACACAUAAUGUCCCCCAGUUUAGUAGCAUAGCAGUUAAACAUAAUGUCCCCAGUAUAAUGCCAGUUACACAUACUGUCCCCCAGUAUAGUGCCAGUUACACAUAAUGUCCCCCAGUAUAGUAGCAGUUAAACAUAAUGUCCCCAGUAUAAUGCCAGUUACACAUACUGUCCCCCAGUAUAGUGCCAGUUACACAUAAUGUCCCCCAGUAUAGUGGCAGUUAAACAUAAUGCCCCCCAGUAUAGUGCCAGUUACACAUAAUAUCUCCAAGUAUAGUGCCAGUUACACAUAAUGUCCCCAGUAUAGUGCCAGUUACACAUCACAUACUGUCCCCCAGUAUAGUGCCAGUUACACAUAAUGUCCCCCAGUAUAGUGGCAGUUAAACAUAAUGCCCCCCAGUAUAGUGCCAGUUACACAUAAUGUCUCCCAGUAUAGUGCCAGUUACACAUAAUGUCCCUAGUAUAGUGCCAGUUACACAUAAUGUCCACAGUAUAGUGCCAGUUACACAUAAUUUCUCUCAGCAUAGUGGCAGUUACAGUUGUAACUGGCAGCAUAGUGUCAGUUAACAUAAUGUCUCCUAGUAUAGUGCCAGCUACACAAAAUUUCUCCAAGUAUAGUGCCAGCUACACAUAAUGUCCCCCAGCAUAGUUCUAGUUACACAUAAUGUCCACCAGUAUAGUGCCUGAUACACAUAAUGCCCCCAUUGCACCCCCAUCCCCAGUGCAGCAUGCAUGCUACAGAAACUUACAUUAGCAGAUGCUCCUUCGCGGGCUUGCUGCUUCAGGGGUCAGUGCAUCAGGGCUCCAGCUGUAAGGGCUGCAGCUUUAAGAGCUGUGGUAGUCAGGGCUGCAGCUGUCUAUCAGGCCUGCUGGCUGCUUCACAGUGCCACAUGGGUGCCGGUGAGCAGUGCAGGCAGUGGGGCAAUGUCACCAUGGGCGGAAGCAGGCGAAAAUGCUGGGGACACAGUUCUGUCCCAUUCUGGCCCAAGUUAACCACCACCAACAGGCUGCAAAGGACCCCUGCACGCAGGCCACAAAAGGAUGCAGCAGGGGCCGCAAGUUUGACACUCCUGAUCUAGAGCUACUUGCUUAAUGAUACUUCCUUAGUAUAAAGUAUAAAUCCACUUUUCAAAUUGCCUGUUUAAUGUUACAUCUUAUCAGUGCAAGUUAUGGAUCAGCAGAUCAACCUGUGUAGUGCUUCACUGUUAAAACAUUCUAGUAAUGCUCACACUGAUUAAACAGCUGUGUAGUCUUGAUCUAAUUAUGUAAAAUAUGAAUGUAGCAAACAAAGUGGUGAUAACAACUUGUAUACAUUAAAGGGACAUUUUAUUGAAAUACUACCUGUUUGCACAUAAAACAUGGUGUGAGAAUCAUUGUUUCAAAAGUAUUGCUUGAUACUGUAUAUCCAAAUAAGGAUUUUACCAUUUUUCAUGAAAACUUAGACAAAAGCAUGUGGUUUUAUUGCAGCUUUUGGAUGGGCUUUAUUUUAAUUGGCAAGCAAUCUGUAUGGCAAUGGAUCAUGCAUUUAAUUGCA